GCCGUCACCGCCGCUGCUGCUGCCGCCUGCGGCCGCCGCUGCUGCAGCUGGAGCCGGCGGGGAGAAGCAGCCGCAGCCGCCGCCGCCGCAGCCGCCGCCAUGGAACAAAAGAAGCGCUGAGCCGAGCGCGGGCCGUGGCGGCGGCAGCAGCAGCAGCAUCGCCAUCAGCGGCGGCAGCUACGCCCAGGCCGCCCCCCAAGAGACAGCAGCAGCGGCGGCGGAGGAGGAGGAAGAGGAGGAAGCCGCGGCCGGAGAGCCCGCCGCCGCCGCCGCCGCCAGCCCAGCAUGUCUCCCGGCCUCGCGUAGCCGGAGCGCCUCGCCGUCCCCUUCUUCUUCUCCUUCUCCGCCGCCGGCCAUGCCGAGCGGCAGCGCCUCGCCGUCGCCUCCCGAAGAGCUUCCCGACCUGGGAGCGCGGCUAUUGCUGCUGCCGCCGGCGGCUGCCCCGCCCAGGCCGCCUCCGGGCCUGCUGCUCCAGUACCACGCUCAGCCGCCUUCGCCGCUGCUGUUGCUGCCGGCUUCCCCUCAGCCGCCGCUGCUGGCGGACACGGGGCGGCUGAGGGAGCGCCUGGCCGGCCUGGGUCUGAGGGAGCGCGGGGACGAGGCCGCCCGGGAGUCGCGGGGAGAAGACGACCAGGAGGAGGAGGAGGAGGAAGAAGAAGAAGAGGAGGAGGAGGCGGCGCCUGAGGAAGGAGAAAGAGGAGGCGGCGGCGACUUGGAGCUGGACUUGGAGGAGCCGCCGGAGGACGAGGAAGACGAGGCCGCCGAGGAGGAAGAGGAGGAGGAGGAAGAAGAGGAAGACGACGACGACGAGGGAUUCCUGGAACCCCGGGGAGGCGGCGGCGUCUGCGGCCCGGCCUCGCUGCUCUUGCUGCCCCCGGGGCCGGCCUCCUCGCCGCCGCUCCUGCCCCCGGGGCUGGGCUCGGUGCUGCUGCCUCCGCCGCCGCCGCCGGUCUCUGCCCUGCCGCUGGCCGCCGGCUCGGCCUUUGAGGUGGCCGAGGCGGGGGCGCUGGGCGGGGCGCUCUACGGGCCCGGCGACGAUGUCCACGCCGGGGUGAUGGCGGCGAUGCUCUCGCAAUCCUACGGGCCGCCCGGAGCGGCGGCGGCGGCAGCAGCGGCGGCGGCGGUGGCAGCCGGGAUGCCCCCCGGGUCGAUCUUGAAUGGCGAGCAGGCGGCGCUGCUGCGAAGGAAGAGCGUCAACACGACCGAGUGCGUCCCGGUGCCCAGCUCCGAGCAUGUGGCCGAGAUCGUGGGCCGGCAGGGUUGCAAAAUCAAGGCCCUGAGAGCCAAAACCAAUACGUACAUCAAGACCCCCGUACGUGGAGAAGAGCCCGUUUUCGUGGUGACCGGCCGCAAAGAAGACGUCGCCAUGGCCAAAAGGGAAAUUCUUUCUGCUGCUGAGCACUUCUCCAUGAUAAGAGCUUCGCGCAACAAGAAUGGCCCUGCUCUGGGAGGCCUGCCUUGUAACCCCAACCUGCCAGGCCAGACUACAGUCCAGGUCAGGGUGCCUUACCGUGUCGUCGGGCUGGUGGUUGGCCCCAAAGGCGCUACGAUCAAAAGAAUUCAGCAGCAAACCCAUACCUACAUAGUUACUCCCAGUAGAGACAAAGAGCCAGUUUUUGAAGUAACCGGCAUGCCGGAAAAUGUAGACCGGGCCCGGGAAGAGAUAGAGAUGCACAUCGCCAUGCGCACUGGAAACUACAUUGAGCUCAACGAAGAAAACGAUUUCCAUUACAACGGUACAGAUGUCAGUUUUGAAGGAGGAAACCUUGGAUCUGCCUGGCUUACUUCCCACCCAGUCCCACCUCCCAGUCGCACCCGGAUGAUUUCCAAUUACAGAAACGACAGCUCCAGUUCCCUAGGAAGUGGUUCCACCGACUCCUACUUUGGAAGCAAUAGGUUGGCUGACUUCAGCCCGACCAGUCCAUUCAGCACUGGCAAUUUUUGGUUUGGAGAGACCUUGCCUUCCGUGGGGGCAGAGGAUCUGGCCGUCGACUCUCCCGCCUACGAUUCCUUGCCCACCCCUUCUCAGACCAUCUGGACCCCUUUCGAACCCGUCAACCCACUCUCCAGUUUUGGUAGCGAACCCGCUAGUAAUGUGAAAUCUCCACGGAAAGGGAGCCAGCCCUCCACCCCUCGCUUGUCACCGACGUUUCCCGAGACCUUGGAACACCCCCUCGCCCGCAGAGUGAGAAGCGACCCUCCCAGCACCGUCAACCAGGUUGGCCUUCCCAUCUAUAUCCCUGCCUUUUCCAACGGUACCAACAGCUACUCUUCUUCCAACGGUGGCUCCACAUCUAGUUCCCCUCCGGAGUUAAGACGGAAGCACGACUGCGUGAUCUGUUUUGAGAACGAAGUAAUCGCUGCCUUGGUUCCAUGUGGCCACAACCUUUUCUGCAUGGAGUGCGCCAACAAGAUCUGUGAAAAAGAAGCACCAUCGUGUCCAGUUUGCCAGACAGCUGUUACUCAGGCGAUUCAAAUUCACUCUUAAAUGUAUAGAGAUAUUAUAUAUGGACUUUUUAAACUCUUAAAGGCUUGGAUGUAAUGGUACCCCCCUAAGUAAACUUAUAAUGAACUCAGACUGUUACGGGGCUUUCUUGAGAUUAGGCUAACAGUUGUUUGAAAAGCAUGUACUCUUUUCGAAAAAGAAAAAAAAACACAAAAACCAGGCUUGUUUAGUUAACCUUAUAAAGGGCCUAAAGCCAAUCUUUUUCCAUUUUGGUUGCAGCUGCCGUACCUCUAACAAAGUCCUAGAAGGAAGCUGUAGUGUUUUUGGGGGAGGCCUUAGGACCUUCGAUCUGUUUUUCAGAGGGGGAGCGUACAGUGAGCACUUGCAGUCUGCCCAGAUCUUGACAAAAGUAUUUCUAAUAACUGCAGUGAAAGCGAAGUCCCGUGUAGCCCCUGAGCGUAGAAACUCUUAACGGGAGGGGGGGAUAAACGGUGCAAAGGAUCAUGAAUGUUUCAAAAUAACUUCCAGUGCUGCCUUCUUUACACUGCCAGUUUUUUUCAGAGCAGGUUUGGGGGGGGAUGCUUUCUUUCCCCCCUCCACCCCAUCCUCCUUUACACAACAAUAACAGGCUUCAUUUACCUAACGUUGCAAAUAAUUUUACCGCCUGCCGGAUUGGUUUCCUGGCCAUUCGAGCGAGGAGUCGCCUAAGCGAGAAGUUUUUAUUAAGCCGAUGGUGGUUCGUGGAGGACCGUCCGAAGGGGCGAAUGGAGGAUGAGCUUCCUCUUCUCAUCCUGUAUGCAAAUUGAGGCAUCUUUAAGCGAAUCAGGAAUGUGUGGGUCUUCCAUUACUGAAGCCUGGAAAAGCCUUCUUUGUUUCAAAUCAUUGCCAAGGGACACGGGAGCUCCAGCCCCGGACAUGUAGCAGUUUGGUUAUUUAUUGGCGGGGGAGUAUCUUAGACCAGUGUUUUUCAACCUUGGCAACUUGAAGAUGUCCGGACUUCA